AUGAAUAGCUCGAGGAAGCUUGAGGAAGAGAAAGCAAAGAAGAGAAAGAAAAGAAGAAAUCGCAACAGAAAUAGGCCCUGCAAAAAGAAGAGAUUACAAUUACUUGAGCAAAAACGUCAGAAGGAAUUACAGCAGCAGCAACAACAAGAGGCACAGGAACCUCAACAAGAGACACAGGAGCCUCAACAAGAACCAAAUCAGGAGAUACAGCAGGUAGAGCCACAGGAACCACAACAGAAUUUACCACAGCAACCACAGCAGGAUGUACAACAUGAAGCACCACAGGAACUGCAGCAGGAACCACCGCAAAUACAUCCAGAGGAUCAGAUACCAUUAGAUCUGUCGGCUUCAUUAUCUAACACCUGUAAUGAAUAA